UGUCAUAUUAUGUGCGCUAAAUAAAUUAUAAAAUUCUGCAGUAAAAUUAGAAUGAAGGAAACAAAAUAAAUAUUUACUGGAUUUAAAGAUUUCAUAGAAUUAACACAUUAAUGCUAACAUUCGUACUUAAUAUGGAAGAAAAGUAGAAGCGGACAAAUAAGAAAACAAUAAUCAAAUUAUGAUAUAAAAUUUAAUUGCGCCGCUAUCACCAUGUCUCUACAAAGUGACCAUUUGGACUUCUCUGGCUUAUUUAAAUUAGAUGUUUUAGUUCAACACGAGAUUGUUAAUCACAGUUUUUAUGAAGUAGGCUUAAAAAAAUUUUUGGCACUAGCAAGUGACAAGGAAUUGGUGUUUCUUUACAUAGAUUCACAAGCUGAGAGACAUGACAAUGUUUAUGAUUGGGAUUUCGUGGAUAACCCGGUGUAUUGCAUGUGUUUUGAGCCUAGCGGGACUUGGGUGCUGAUAGUUAGUGAUCAAAAAGUGCUGCUUGUACCAUUCUUGCCAAGAUUCAUCCCACAGAAUACAUUUGAUUGCAAAUGGUCCCUAUCAAGUGUUACAGUUUUACCUCUCAUUGAUUUACCUCAGCCUACUUCAGUUGUGUGGUGGCUGACAAAGGAGUCUGAGAAUAUAAUCAUCAUUGCCUCCAAGCCAGGAACAAUAACAUUUUAUUCUUUGGAGACACAUAGUGUUGUCGGAGAGACCAAAGUUCCUGAGGAAAUUGUUGAUUUGCAGAUUUGUUUUGAUGAUUCUCUGGAUUUGCUAGCCCUUCUAAUAUCAAAGGGUCCUACUCAACAAUGGAAAUUAGUACUGGAACAUAGAUCAUUUGGAUAUAAUUGGCUUCAACAAAUGAGAGCUCAAACUGAUAAGGAGAAGAAAGACGGCUUCAUGUCAUAUAUAAAGCAAUUGUCAAAGGAUAAAAUCACCUUUUUCUCGCAGAGUGGAUCCAAAGAUGAAAAUAAAACACAGACAGUGGAAUAUGUAUUAAAGCCAACAGAUUAUUUGCCUAAUUAUCGUAAAAACUCCAACAGCUGGGCAUUGACUGCACAAUAUGUUAAUGGCAGACAUUUUUUGACAGCAUUUGAACUAAAUGAAGGCAUUGUGAUUCUUGAAGGUCCUGCAGACGUAGCACCAUCAAGGACUCUUCGACCUAAAAUUAAGACAGAUGGAAUGUAUACUCAGUGUCUAUGGUCACAGAGAUUAGUCUAUUUACUAAGAAAAAACGAAUUGGAAAUACAUAGUGUUCAGUUCUCCCAAUCUCAGAGUGAGUCUUUACUUGGAACAAAAAGGGAUUUCUCGGAACUUUGGUGUGCGGAAUUAAUUGGUGAUGUCCAAAGAGCGUACCUAAUGUCUGCGAAAGAGUCAUCCUCGGUUGGCGCAGGGUGGAAGGAACCCACGUUUAUGUGCGACUUGCAGUUACCUCGGUUCAUACUCGAGCCAUGUCUUAUCGUCACCUCCCGCGGCGCUUACGUAUUGAAUACUGUGUGCGAGCCGUGCGAGUGGCUGGUGAGCCUGAUCAUGCGUGGAGGUGCAGGUGCGGAGCUAUCAGCGGCGGCGUUGGGGGCCCCUGUGCCCGUUCUACUGCGUGCGUCUGCUGACAUGCUCAUGUCGCGAGGCAAGAUCGCCGCUGCGCAGUAUCUCUACUCCCUAUCACAGAGUCAGCCAGACGGUUGGGUGGCGCGUCUUGGCGUGUUCGGGCGCCUUCAUGAGCUGUCUAUGUAUAAACAAGUGGGCAAUACCGGCAGCCUUGGUAAUGCCGCAAUCACGACAAAAUUACUGGCGUUGUUGUUGAAAAUUGGCACAAACAGUGAAGAAAAUUUUGAUAUGGACGUAAAAUUUACAGUACUGACUCCAUUGGAAUUACAAGAACUUACUUCCAUAGCGGCCGCAGUGGGUCUUUGGGAAGUGGUUCCAGUAUUUAGCAUCCACAGAGGACAUCCCAGUUUGCUGUUAAAUGCUAUAAAAUUCAGGAGUGACAUUUGCAGAGGUGCUUUAGUGUGCCUAUUGAAACAGAAAUGUCUGGUGCCGAAAUUGUUGGAAGAGAACGGACAAUGGUUUUUUGACUUCAUCACAGAAAAAUGUAAUAAGUUUGAUACAAUUAUAUUAAAGAGACUAUGUUUAUGGUUAAAUCCAUUACAAGAUCAACUACGACCAAUAAUACGUGACCUGAAACAAGGAAUCACUUCAAUUUAUGCUACAAGAAUGCUUCAACUCAUAUCAACAUUUAUGCACGUGGUCUGCGCCCUAGAAUCUCGGAAUCCCUGCAUAGACAUUCACACAGAUAUAACCCAAGAACCGGAGACAUGGAAGAAUCAGUUCACUCCCCGGAGGUCUGUUUCUUGCGGCUUGGGUCACUGGGCGGUAGCUGACGAUGGAAACGCUAAAAUAAUGGUGGCUAAUACGCCCGUAAACACAGAAUUGAUCGGAAUGGUGGUCGAUGUGGCGUGCGGAAGACACCAUACGCUUUUGCUGACAGAAAAUGGGAUAUACGCAGCGGGCGAUAACACAUUCGGGCAAUUAGGUGUGGGUAGCAGUUGGCCCGGAGCGAUAGGGGAUUCAGCGAACCCGUCUGGCGCUUUGUUGCACGUAGAUUUUAAGUGGACCGCGCCAUUGUCCUUGGUAGCAGCUGGACAUUACCAUUCCGCUGCUGUCGACGUUGGUGGCAGGCUGUAUACUUGGGGUUGGGGCGUACAUGGACAGUUAUGUCUGGGCAAUAUAGACGAUCAAUUUACUCCCCAGUUAGUGACCAAGUUUCAAGGAAGGAAAGUACUAAACGUCGGUUGUGGCACAUGUCACACCGUAGUGCUUAUGAAAAACGGCGAAGUGUGGGCGAGCGGGGCCGGCGUGUUCGGUCAACUAGGGGGCGGGAAUAGAGAGAAGAGUUCCGUACCGCUGCGAGUAAGUCUCACUGACCCCAUAGAGAUGAUCGCCGUGGGAUACUUCCACAAUUUGGCGUUAUCAUCAAAAGGCCAGCUUUGGUGUUGGGGCGCGAGUCCUCAGCAAGUGCGGUCGACUCAAGCACGCAGGUCCGCAAGCCCAACGGCCGCGCCGCUUCCCUCCCAGAAUAUCAUCACCUCACUCGCGCCAGAUCCGCAUCUGUCACCGCACCUGGUAGACUUGGGAAAAGUUAACGGAAAAAUUAUACAGCUAUCAGCAGGUUGGCAUCACUCUUGUUUAUUAAACGACGCUGGCACGAUAUACUCUUGGGGUCUUAACUUUGAUGGCCAACUAGGUAGUGGAGAUCGCAAGCAAGUGCAAACACCGACGGAGGUUAAAAUCCGCACAGACACGCAGCCCGAUGGCGUAAAACCCAACAAAUCACCCGAUAAGGAAAACCCUGAUGCAAAAUCCAAGGCGCUGAUCGCUUGUGGUGGCGACUUCACUAUAUUCAUUGAUGACGACGGAAGGGUAUAUGCUACUGGGAACAUGCAUUUGCAAGGCUAUAACGACAAGGAAAAACUGAAUAACCGCGUAAUAAUGAUGAAGACGACAAAGCGCGUGAUAAAAAUUCCGGCCAGUCGAAGCAACAACAAGUUCUUAUUCCAAGCGGUUGAUUGGAUCGACAUAAUGUUUCCAUUCGACAUAGACGGUAUUGAACGAACCCCUAUAGAGCCGAGAUUGAACCCACUGAAUUCCCUCGCGGAUUUCAAGAAGAAGUCCUGGGCUGACGAUGUUAUUCAGCUCCUCAAACCCUGGAUCAACGAGGAAAAUCUUUCCGCGAACCUAAACAUGGCGGCAAAGUUGGCCUACCACAGGAAAAUGUACGCAGACUGUCUGAGGUUCAUGCUCGGUAAUUUAAAGCGUGGAAUCCAAGCGGACCAGUUCUACGUGGCCCAUCAAGAUGAUUUAGACGACACUAACGUUUCCCGGAAGAAAGAUGAACUCAAAAUAAUAAUAACAAAUGUCAUGUCCAAACGUAUCAAGGACAUAUCCAUGACCAUUCUUAACGAGGAAGCUUACCCUCUGAUCGAUACGAGCGUAUUCCAAACAUUGCCUUGUUGUUGUGACGAACUGAAAUACACGACCAAGCAAAUCCUACCCAAGUCUAUCACAAAUAUAACUGAAAUCAGUUUAUCCGUAAAAGCUGCACAGAUUAUAGACAAAUGCAUAAGUAUUUUCCCUGUCGAUAGUGGGCUGUGGGAAUCUUGUUUCCGCUUCGCGAAAGAUUUCUAUUUGGAAAAUAGUUUGGACGUCGAGGAUUUGGAAGCGGUUUUGCGCAAAUAUAUGGAGACCAAUGCCAACACCAUGGCAGCGGCGAUAAUGUAUUCGAACGAUUGCGCUCAGUACAGCAAAAUACUGUCACCUAAAUUCUAUUUGAACAUGUGUAGCGAAAUUUUGGAUACAUGGGGCUGAAUGUCUAUUGAAAGUAGAUAAAGGAUGCCUUUCUCCUAACAUUCUUCCCCUAAUAUAUUUUGGGUGUUUAUAACAAUAUUAGGUUGGAAAUUAUAAGAGAAUGACUAACUAUUAGAACUGAUGAUGAAAUGAUGAUUUUUCUCUCUUAAUCUACAAUAUGUAACGUAGCAAUUUCGUGGCUAUCGUCAAUGUUUAGACGGUUAAAUAUCCAUAAUGUUUUCCAACCACAAUCUGUCGUACCUUUUUUUCAUAUUAUAAGGAAAAAAAUUAAUUAUCAUGUAUUCAUCACAUGAAUAUAGUAAUGUUUUGAAGCUCCUAAAUCAAAAUGAAAUAAAUAUCUAGCCAAGCGUGCUCUUCCUUAAGCGGCAGAAUGUUUUACCAUUGCAUUGAUGUUAAUUAAAAAAAAAUCCGUAUUAAAGUGUGACCAUCAUUAGUAACUUACACUUUUCUAUAUUCAAAUAAAAUAUAUAAUCCGACCCCUAAAAUUUUCUUGCAUUCCUGACGAAUCUGUUGGUUGGUGGUCAUAUAAAACAAUAAUAUAGUUGUCAUAACCUUGCACUUUGAAUUAAAUUGAUUAUUAAAUUUGGAAUGUACAAUUAUUGGUUUAUUUAUUGAUGUAGUUUUUAUGAUAGUAAUCAUUCGUUAGCAGGGCAAAACAUAUUAGUAUAAAACGUCCAUUGCGUCAGGAACCUACUCUUUGAACGGCCGAACUACGAAUAAAAUUGUUAAUUCUGGUGUAUACUCGUCUAAACUUAAAUGUAUUGACAAGUCUAGAAGUAUUGCCAUCCCUUUCAUUGGAUUCAUGCUGAAUAGGGAUAGUACUAUUUUUUGACAAUUAGGUUUAGUACGGAAAUAUUUAUAUAACAGAAUUUGUACCAAUAUAAAGCAAUCUUGGUAGAGUUAAGAAUAAAAUUAUGGUUAUUAGUGAAUAUGUAUACAGUUGUUCACAGAUUAGCUUAAUUUAAAUAGACUUAAUUUUCCGCUUAAAAUGGCUCAAUUUUAAAGGACAUGCAAACCUUAUUCCAUAUGUUUUAUUGUAAAAUAUAACUGUGGUAGCAGUACUUAAGUUAUUAUGAAUUUCAAGUAUUAACUUCUACAUAGCUUACAAAUUUAUAUUACUAAGUCCUUUUCAGUAUUUCGCAUACAUCUGUACAUUAUGAACUUUUAUGUUAUGUGUAAAGAUUAUACCAACUUGUUUUUCGAAUAGGUUAGUCACUUAAUUCCAUUUGACAGUAAUUAUUUUACCUCUAAUUUUCUAAACGUGGACCAUAAUAUAGGUAAAAUGGGAAAAGUUUCUGUGAGCUCGCAACUUUCCGCGGGUGUGAAGUGAGACGUGCGAUGAGCGUUAUCAAUGUUUGUGGACACAAUGCACUGCAUGCAAUAAUGGCUGAAUGAGGGUUCUGCAUCUUCUUUAUUCUAUGCCCGCAUGUAGCUAAUUAUUUACCUGUAAUAUGAGUCGCUCCCAAUUUAUUUACUGUUGCAACGCCGAUAUCAAAAUAUUCAAAUCGGGGUAAUUGUGUAUGUAACAAAUUUAUUAUAAUGUUUAUUAUUACAAACACAGUUUUCAGGCUACUUUUUUAAUACCACAACUUGAAUUUGUGGAAGCUUGGGUCCGCACCCAUUAAACAAUAUAAUUUUAAGAAAAUAUGGACAGGUACAGUUACUUAUACGUAACUUUUUUGCGCUGAUUUUUAUCACCAUGACAUGUUUUUUUUAUAGAUACAUAGUUUCAAGUGUUGUUAUUAAAAUAGUUCCAAUGUUUGUUAGUGUUGUCUCUUUAUUGUUACUUCAAUCAUUAAUCUUAUGUUAUUCUAGAAUAAAUAAUUUUAUUAGCGAGUAUUUUGUUUACUCUUAGAUGUUUUGUUAAGUUGUGUCUUUUAUGUACCCAUAGAUGGGAGGAAUAUGUAUUGUACUAUGUAUGAUAAGUGAUAUUUAUAACGGUUUGUUAUGAUGAAUUGAUAAUGGUGCCAAUUCCGUUGUCUCUCUUAGCUAAAUUGACAUGUCUUAAAACCCUGUAUCCUAUCCUGUUUUAUCCACUCUCCAAGCAUGAUCGCAUGUGUUGAAAUAAUAUGUGCAAUAAAUAGCAGACGGGGUUAAAUUCUCCGUCACCCUGUUGUUUGUCUUUGGCAGGUGUACAAGUUAAUUUUGUCCCUUAUCUGUGGUUAUAAUGGGAGGAUAAAAAAUUGUCUUUUUCCGUGCGGGAUAUACAGCUAAAAAAAAAAAAGCAGUUAAAAAAAAAGCACUAACUUCAAGAUCCUGUUAAUUAAGGUCGAUUAAUUCGUGGAAAACAGAAUCGGCUCCAUUAUCCUUGUUUUAUUGUAAGUACCAUGAUAUUAUGUCAAGUAUUGUUGUGUUAUAUUUAGGGCCUAUACUAGACCCAUCCUCACAGAUUAAUAUUUGGGUAACACCCCACACUAUAACGCGCCGCAUCGAGUAAUUUGGGUACUCUACCGCUUCUAAUCGUUGAAAGUAGUUCGUAAUCUUGUAUUGUAUAAGUAUUGACCGUAUUGUAUAAUUUUUUCGACAGUUACCAACCGGUGACAUAAAAAUUUCACAACAGUAAAAAGUAAAAUUUUGUAAAAUUCUGUAUGGAUAUGACAAGUUUUAUCGUAUUAAAAAGAGUUCUGUUUAAAUAUUAGUACCCACCCUUUACACAAAUGUCUGUUCGCAAAUUAUUAGUCCUGCACCCACCAGCAGAGCUAGUAGGCGCACCACGAGAAAUUAUGACUACCCAUUAUCUCGUCGCCGUCAUUGUUGCGAUCUAUAGAAAAGAGAUUAUUAUCUCUACAUAAUCCGUCAUACAUAUCCCUUGUUUAUUUUUAUUUAUUGUAGUUCAAUAUUAAUCAUACCACUUGGUUUUGGGAUAAUUAAUGUGUAGAACGUAACACUUAUGUUCCUCUUAGGUGUUUUUAAAACUAGGUUAAUAAUGGGGACAGUUCUGUUGUAACCAAAUCUCUUAAAAUAUCCAAUAGGAGAUAAAAGUAGUGCUGUCCUUUUCACAAUGUUGCCAGCAGAAUGGAUGGAAACUCGCAAGUUUAGUUCUGAAUGCCUCGUGUGAAAUUACCUAGCUUCGUUUACCUACACUAUCGUGUGAAAGUUAACUACGAUUUGUAUGAAAUCGAAAGAGGGACAGCUAGUUACAAUACUGGAAAACAGUAGAAAGACUCACACUAAGCACUCUUGAGAUAUAAGACAGCAGAAUUGGCACCAGUAACUUUUUUAUUGUUAAUUUACAUACUAUAUGAUUAAUCUAGUCAAGGCCAUAAGUUAGCUUUUUUUGCUAGCAAUUGAAAUAUUUUAGACAUGCCUUAUUGCCGUCCGGAGAUAUAGUUGAAUAUAUUUUUGCAUUAUUUUUAAGUUUCAAAUGUAUGUAUGUUACCUAUUUUUAUUAUUUUAUAUUUGACAAACUUACUCCGUCUAUUAGAUGCUUGCUGCUAUAAAUAUGUAUUGUGAUAAAGGCGAGUCAGCUUAUUUUAUAUUAUAUGCGUACUUCCCGGCAAAUAACUUGAACACAGAAUAAAUAUUGAGGUGCUCUUCAUAAGUCCAUAUCGCCAGCCUCAAACUAGUUUUAAAAACCAACUACAAAUGAUGUGUUUAGCAAAAAAUGGCACUAAUUUUGUGAUUUUCGUGUUUUUAUUUAUUUAUUUAUUACUAGGCUCCGACUGAGCCAGUAAUAAAUAAAUAAAUUAAUUUCAGUAAAAAAUGGUAAUAACGACCAGCGUCAAUUUUCAAGGCUUACCUAUCCAAAAAAAAAAAAAGUUCUUUUGAACGCAGGUUGAAAA